GCAUCCACAAGGCUCCACUCUUCUUCUAACUGAACUAACCAAAGCCGCGCGUUUAGACCACUUUUUUUUGCGACAGCGCCACCUAAUGUAAACGACGACCACUAACGUGCGCAAUCUGGUGAAAUGAUUUGACGCAAAGUAAGUUUAGAAUUUAAGAAGCUCCUCCAGGGAGCGUCCUGCUUUGAUUCCGGUCCCGGGAAGUAUGUCUGCAGCGCCGCCUGCUCCUCCUCGGGUCCCGCUGCUGGUUGUUCCUGCCAAGUUGAUGCCAAACGAAGUGGGAGCUUUUCUCACGCUGGACGACCGCGACAUGCACAUCACAGUUCAGCGAGGGCGAUCCCUCCCUGAACUGAUCAGGUGCACCACCUGCUGCAGCAGCUACCACUGCCCCUUCUGCUCCACAGCCAUGUUCCAGCCACAUAAGAUGAGCAAAGUCAGAACUCAUUUAAACAGCCAUUUUAAAAGGGCAGUUCUCCAUGAAGGAUAUACGAUUCACAGAUGUGGAUUAAGUUGUCGACCGAAAUGGCAUUACCACUGUGUCUACUGCCAGUCGACGUUAGCACGCAAAUCAGACUUCAUAAAACACUUGUCUUUGUGCAAAAAGAAGCACCUGACACCAGAUCCCUCCAGCCCAACUCCAGCCCCCGCCGUCACCCCAACAUCAGACCCCGCUGCCGUCUCAGGGCGGAGGAGGACCGCCGCCUCCGCCGCGCCGCUGCACACGCAGCUGGCCGUCGUCGUGGAGUCUCUGGUCCAGGCUGCGGUGGCCGAGCUGCAGAGGCUGCUGGAGGACGGAGGAGGCGGCGGCCCGGGGAGGGAGUCGCAGGAGAGCCAGGAGACAGUGGUGCUGUUCGCCUCUGUCAUGGAGAUUCUUGGAAACAAGGCUCUGGGGAAGAUCCUGAACAUCAUGGACGAGGUUCAGCCGCUGCUGCAGUGUGAAGCUCCUCGGACUGUGAAGCGUAAACAGACCAGCGUCCUCAACAACACACAAAGCGAUCUUGAGCACUCAUACGGCGUUCCAGAUGAGGAUAUAGACGCAGACUCACCGUCUCCGAUACAAGUCAAUGACCAACAUGGAGAAAUCAACCUGGGAGCAAUCGCUGAGCGAGGCGCUCAGCCGCCAUCGAAGGUUUCAGCGGCGUCGGACUCGAAGCUGCGUGGCGACCCCUGGAAGCUGUCGGAGUGUUCGGUCUGCGGUAAAUCCUUCACGUGUCAGAGCAAGCUGAACUCGCACCACACGGUCCACACGGGCGAGCGGCCGUUUUCCUGCCCCAUCUGCAGCCAGGCCUUCCGCCAGCGGCAGACCAUGCAGGUCCACAUACACACGCACUGCGGCGAGCGCCGGUUUCAGUGCCCGGAGUGCGGCAAGCGCUUCGUCAAGCAGGCGCAUCUGAAGACGCACUGGAUGGUGCACACCGGGGAGAAGCCGUACCGCUGCGACGUGUGCGGCCGCUGCUUCAGCGUGCAGCAGGGUCUGCAGCGCCACGCCGAAACUCACACCGGCAGGAGGGACUUUCCGUGCGACGAGUGCGGGAAGAGCUUCACGCGCGCCAGCACGCUGAAGAUUCACCAGUUCAUCCACACCGGCCUGCGGCCCUUCCAGUGCGACCAGUGCCCCAAAGCCUUCCGCUACGCCACCAAGCUGAAGAGCCACCAGCUCGUCCACACCGGCGAGCGGCCCUUCCAGUGCGACGAGUGCGGCAAGACCUUCAGCCGGCGGCGCAGCCUGGUCAAUCACGGUUACACACACUCCAGCGAGACGCCCUUAAAGUGCAACUCCUGCAACAGGGAGUUCAACAACCCCAACAGACUGAAGCUGCACAUGCGCCUCAACCCAGACGGAAGCUGUGCGGCUCUGCGGCGUCCCGGUGUGGAGUGUUGUUGUUUUUCUUGUUGCUGGUCCUUGCUGGCGCUCCGUGGAGCCGUGGCAGCCCUUCGCCGCGGGAUGAGCGCCUCCGCCGGGCUGCUGCACACGCAGCUGGCCGCCGUCAUGGAGUCUCUGGUCCACGCCGCGGUGGCGGAGCUGCAGAAGCUGCUGGAGGACGGAGGAGGAGGCGGCAGCCCGGGGAGGGAGCCGCAGGAGACGACGGUGCUGUUCGCCUCUGUCAUGGAGAUUCUUGGAAACGAGGCUCUGGGGAAGAUCCUGAAUAUUGUGGACGAGGUUCAGCCGCUGCUGCUCUGUGAGGCUCCCCGGAGUGUGAAGCAACCACAGACCAGCGUCCUCAACAUCCUCAACAACACACGGGUUGAUCUUGAGCACUCGUAUGGUGUCCGAGCUGAGAAUACAGACACAGACUCACUUUCUCGGACUAAGUUAGAGGAAGAGGGAGCUGAGGCACCGUUUGUGCUGGCGGUCACCGUCAAGGACGAACAUGGAAACAUCAAUCUGGGAGCCAUUGCUGAGCGCGCUCGGCUGGAAGCGGCUCAGCCAUCCGACCAGCAGCCACCGCCGCCGAAGGUUUCCUCAGAGUUGGACUCGAAGCUGCAGGGCGGCUCCUGGAAGCUGUUGUCCUGUUCGGUCUGCGGUAAAACCUUCACGUCUCAGAGCAACCUCAAGUCGCACUACAUGAUCCACACGGGCGAGAGGCCGUUUUCCUGCCCCGUCUGCGGCCAGGCCUUCCGCCAGCGGCAGACCAUGCAGAGCCACAUGCGCACGCACAGCGGCGAGCGCCCGUUCGAGUGCCCGGACUGCGGCAAGCGCUUCUUCAAGCAGGCGCAGCUGAAGACGCACGCGAUGGUGCACAGCGGGGAGAAGCCGUACGGCUGCGACGUCUGUGGCCGCCGCUUCAGCCUCCUGCAGAACCUGCAGCGCCACGCGCACACGCACACCGGCAGGAAGAUCUUCAUGUGCAACGUGUGCGGGAAGGGCUUCACGCGCGCCGUCACGCUGAAGACGCACCAGCUCAUCCACACCGGCCAGCGGCCCUUCAAGUGUGACCAGUGCCCCAAAACCUUCCGCUACGCCGUCAACCUGAAGAACCACCAGCGCGUCCACAGCGGCGCGCGGCCCUUCACCUGCGAGCUGUGCGGGAAGAGCUUCGGCCAGGCGGUGAACCUGAAGAUCCACCGGCGGAUCCACACCGGCGAGCGGCCCUUCCGGUGCGCCGAGUGCGGCAAGUCCUUCAGCCAGCAGAGCAGCCUGAUCUCCCACGGGCGCACGCACUCCAGCGAGAAGCCCUUCGAGUGCGACUCCUGCGACAAGCGGUUCAACAACUCCAACAGCCUGAAGCUGCACAUGCGCGUGCACACCGGCGAGAAGCCGUACGCCUGCGACGUGUGCGGCCGCACGUUCAGCCAGGGCAGCCACCUCAGCACACACAAGAGGCACGUGCACGCCGGCGGGAAGCAGUUCAUCUGCGACAAGUGCGGCAAAAGAUACUCAGACCAGCGCAACCUCAAGCUGCACAAGUGCGGCUACGCAUGAGGCCCCGCCCACUUCCCGGAAAACAACUGGAAUGUCACUAAAAGGAUGUUUUUUUACUAGUAUUGAACCGAAAACAAUUGGAGCUUUAGAGUGUAGCCCCGCCCACUGACCUGCUGCACUCUGAUUGGUUAAGAUUGUGACUUUGUGUUAACUGUGAAUUCUGUAAAUGUGUAUAAAGAUAAGUUGCUCAGUUUUAUAGAGAAUAUUUUUCAUGUUUGGAAAAAUAAAAUGUGGAAAACGAGAAGCAAGCCUGUUGAGUCCACUCUAA